AUUCUUGGCAUUUUAUUCACCCGUAUUAAUUCUCCAACAUUGUCUCCUUUUUUCUCUUUUUAGUGAGCUUGUGGCUCCAGAGUUUACAGAGACGUACUACAACAACGAUGGACAGCCUGUGACUGUGACCAAUCACAAUUACACAAAUCACUGCUUCUACCACGGCCAUGUGAGAGGGCAUCCAGGUUCCUGGGUGGCUCUCAGCACCUGUUCAGGAAUAAGGGGCCUGAUUUCUUUAAACUCUAGUGACAUCUACUACCUGGAGCCCAUUAACCGUGUGAAUUCCUCCCACCAUUCACUGCUGAGUGCAAAGGAGCUGCCAAUUAAAGGUGGAAGUUGUGGCCACGGCCAUCCUGCCACCCAGCCCCACCUCAUCUCAGACAUAGUGGCACCGCUUCACUCAAGGGUGAAGAGAAAUUCCUGGGGUACGACUAAAUACAUGGAGCUGUACAUCGUGGCAGACAGCACACUGUUCAGACGACAGGAUAGGAACUAUGAAAAAACCAAGGCGAGAAUAAUGGAGAUCGCCAAUUAUGUGGAUAAGUUUUAUAGAGAUCUAAACAUCCGUGUGCCUCUAAUUGGCCUGGAAGUUUGGACCGACAGAGAUCAGUGCAUCAUCUCCGAAGAACCAAACGCCACCCUCUGGUCUUUCCUCCAAUGGAGGCAGAAGCUGAAAUCUCGCAAGAAGCACGACAACGCCCAGCUGCUCACUGGCGUGAUUUUCAAAGGAACAACAAUCGGGAUGGCGCCGCUGGAGGGAAUGUGCAGCCUGGAAAACUCUGGAGGAAUCACUGUGGACCACUCGGAGGUCCCGAUCGGCGCAGCUGCCACCAUGGCCCACGAGAUCGGCCACAACGUGGGCAUGAGCCACGACCAUGACGGCUGCUGUGUGGAGGCCACUGCAGAGCAGGGAGGCUGCAUCAUGGCCGCUGCCACCGGGCAUCCAUUCCCGCGGGUCUUUAGCCGCUGCAGCAAGCGGGACUUGGACAACUACUUCCAGAAGGGAGGGGGGAUGUGCCUCUUCAACAUGCCCAACAUGAAGGACCUGGUGGGAGGCAAGAAGUGCGGAAACGGCUUCGUGGAGGAGGGAGAAGAGUGCGACUGCGGGGAACCUGAUGAGUGCAAAAACGACUGCUGCAAUGCCAACAACUGCACCUUAAAGGAGGGGGCCCAGUGCGCCCACGGAGUGUGCUGCGACGGUUGUAAGCUGAAGCAAGCUGGCACCAUGUGCAGAGGGCCGGCAGGGUCAUGUGACCUGCCAGAGUACUGCACCGGGGCCUCUCCCUACUGUCCCGCCAACGUCUACCUGCUGGACGGCUCCUCCUGCCAGUACGGAAAAGCCUACUGCUACAACGGCAUGUGCCUAACCCAUGAACAGCAGUGCCUGCAGCUCUGGGGCUACGGAGCGCGACCAGCCCAUGAUGCCUGCUUCGAAGAUGUCAACGCAGCAGGGAACGCAUUCGGGAACUGUGGGAAAGACGAACACGGAAACUACAAAAAGUGUGAUAAAAGUGAUGCCAAAUGUGGAAAGAUUCAGUGUCACAGUGCUGCCAAGAAGCCCAAAGGCACCAACGCUGUUUCCAUCGACACGACCGUCAAGACGGGCGGCAUCGAGGUGAAGUGCCGCGGCACGUACGUUUACAGCACCCAGGAUGGCCAGGGUGACCUCCCCGACCCCGGGCUGGUCAUGACCGGCACAAAGUGUGGCGAGGGAAAGGUGUGCAGAGACCGCAGAUGCCAAAACGCCUCCUUUACCGAGCUGGAGUCCUGCCUUGCAAAUUGCCACGGCAAUGGGGUGUGUAACAGCAACGGGAACUGUCACUGUAACAAAGGCUGGGCGCCGCCGUUCUGCGAGAAGCCUGGACUGGGCGGCAGCGUGGACAGCGGACCGGUGCAGAGCUACAGUCAAGUGGGUUUGGUGGUGGGUCUGCUCUUUGGCUUCCUCGUGGUCCUCCCUGCUGUCUUGCUGCUCUUCUAUUGCUACAAAGUCAAAUCAUCAUACUACCACAAGUGGAUUUCACAGAGAGCCAAGAAUAAGAACAACAAGAAUGAGGCUUCGGUGGAGAAGGAGAAAAAUGGCCACCUGAAUCCUGCCUUCCACCUGAAAGUGGUCAGUCCAAUCAACAAGGCCGGUGGCCACAAGGGGCUUCCUCACACCAGCAAAGAGGUUCUACCACUCAGACCAGGACCAGUGCCAAACUGCACCCAGCCGGUCAACAUCGUCCGACCUCUGAGGCCUAGUCAGUCUCCCCAGGGUGGUCCGCGGGACCUCAAAGUCUUAAGGCCACCUCUCCCAUCUGCCAAGCCCCCAACAGUACCACCCAAGUCACCCCCGACCCCACAGAGACUCAGCCCGCCUAAGAAGCCACUUCCCCUAAACCCAACACGUUCUCCACUGCUGGUAUCUGAGCAGCAGUCCAGACCGCCCCUCUUCCCUCCACAGAGGCCUCUGCCCCUCAGUCCAGCCAGAGUGGCCUCCACCGCAGUGAGUCCCACCCGGGCCCCCGGCUCCAAAGCCAAAGGCCUGCUUGUCAUGAUGCCUCCAGCUUCGGGGCCACAACCAGCGGGGAAACUGUCAGCUGUCCCGCCGCUCCGAGUUCUCAGACCGAUCCCUGGUGCCAGACCCAACACCGCCUCCCGUCCUCCCCCACGAAAAUGACCUCCUCUUCACCCCCCCCCACCCUCCCUGUGAAGGAGGGUCGCAGCUGACAGCCUAUUUGCACUAAAGAGACUUUAGCUGGUGAACGGGGAGCUGUCGCACGCAGCAGAAGACGACGGAUUGACCAACAGGACUCGCACCACGUAUAAAACCUCACCCCCUCCCUUCUGCCCCCAUCCCCCGCGCGCUUACAUUGCCAUGACGACGACGCUGCGUUGUGCGGAGGCCUUGCAGACUGAAACAUGUUGGCGGCAUAUUUUACCAAAUCAGUUUUAGUUUUACUGAUUUCAGUUUUUUAAUCUGUUAAUGCUGCCCAUUUAUAAAAGUGCAUUUUGUAAGGAGUGUUGCUUUGUUUACACUUUGUUUCAUGUCAUGUUGAACGAUUUGUGUUUUGUGCCAAAGAACUCUUGAAGUACCUGCGGUGUGUCCGGAUUGCUGUGAAAUCCUGUAAGGUUAACACCACUCCCCCCCUCCUCCCUGUCAUGGUUUUAGUUCAUUUUUAUCGUUUAUUUUUUUUUUUAUUGUCAUUUAUUUUUUACUCUAUGAAGAAUGUUUAAAUUUCGAUGUUAGGUACAGACUUCUAUCAGGGGAACAACAGCCAUUCACGCAGCAGCUUCAUUUCCACUGUUUACAGAGAGCUGGAAGGACACACCCUGGUCUUUGUCUUAUUUUAUUUUGUAUUCUUAGUUGCUCUUUGUGUUUGUUUUUGCAUUUCAGCUGGUGAACAUAAAUAUUUUUA